AUGAUUAGCAUGGGUUAUUGCCAAAUUGCCACAUGUGGCUUGGCCACAAGAUCUUUUUGCCUUCCGGCACGGUUGAUCAUGCGAGGGAUCGGGACAUAUAUUUGCCUGGUGCUGGCAUUGCUCUUGGGCUUCUACUUAGCUCUCGCACCCUGGGACGAUGUGGUGGACAUCGCCUUAGCGGUGGACGGAUUUCUCGGCCAGGCACCCCUCAUGGAUUCCAGGGAGUUCAAGACCACGAAACACCUAGAGGAGGUCGAGAAACCUUUGUGGAUUCCGUUUUUGCCUUUCGCGCCUCUUACGAAGCAGAAUGAGCUGGUUGCGCGUCACAACGAGUCUUUGCGGGAUAUGCCCGAAGACUGUGCCACUGCAGCGGCGGUAGACAUCUUCCCCAACAUCACCAUCGCCCAGGCUUGCCGCGCAUGGUGCCGAACGCAGCUUGGUCCAGGCAGCUCCCUGGCGCAUGCUUUGAGCCCUGUACAUUGGGUCAUUGUGAAGCGAAGUCCAGUGUAUUGGUUCAACGUGGACUACAGCAUGUGCUUUAAGGCAGAGACCGCCUCAUGGGCGCUCUCCUGGUUUCCUUAUUUCUGGCAUGCCUUCUUGGUCGCCUUGAUCUAUGGAAGCGUGAGUUUCAUCACCUUGGCCCGCCGACUGCAGGAGUCUCCUGAAGAGUUUCUUCCUUUGGGGCCGAGCCCAGACGAGCGAUCUGAGGAAUUUAAGACCUACUUUGAGAGGCGCUGUGGCCUUGAGCUUUUCGCAAAUGACCGUGCUGCAGAACGAACUUCGCUGAUGGUCUCGGUUGGCUGUCUACUGCUGGAACCAGCUGGGGAUGUCUUGGCAAUCCUUGGGUAUCUGCGGUACGGCCAGCCCAUGUAUGCCAUGGUAUCGACGUUCUUCGUCGUUUGUUCUUGCCUCCAUGCAUGCGACCUUUUCCAGAUGAACGGGUCGGAAGCCAUGGCACAGAGCUUCGCACGUGGCUUCGCGACGAAAGCAUUGUUUCAGCACAUGGUCUCUGAACUCUUCGAAGGUCUGGGCGCCACGGUAGUCCAGCUUUAUGCUUUCCUCACCAUGCGAUUUUUCAUCUGCGUGGAGGAUCCGAACAUGACCAUUACCUUUGCCAAUCUUUUGGUAAGCGCAUGCAUGUCGCUUACCACGACGCUGCCUAAUGGCUCACAGUCACUUUGGCUGAUCCUCAAAAAUUCCGGCCCAGAUUUCUUUGAUAACUUCGGUGACGUGCAGGACAGCAAGAAGAAGGUCCCUGGCACGUGGAAGUACAUGGCAUCUUGUUCUUGCGUGCUGAUUGCAGUCGUCGCUGCAGAGUCGUACCACACCUCCUACGAGAAGAUGGUCCGCCACGUGGGAUCAUGCGGCUUAACACCAUCAACGUCCGAGCUUCUCACAGGUUUGGCGGCGCUUCUCCUACUUCUCAGCAUUCUCGUUCUUGUAUGCUGUGGGCCUGUAAUCAUCGUGCUGUGUGCAGUUUGCCGGCCCUUUGCGUGGUGCAUCGGCUUCUGCUUUGGCGGCUGCCUGAAGUCGGCAGAGCCCUGCGGAGCAUGUGGAGCCUCGGACAGUGAGUCCGAGUCUAGAUUUUUGCCUUCGCAAGGGCAUGUGAUUCUCUCUCCUGUGCUGAAGAAGUCCAUGCUGCUGGCGCUGCUGAAGCUCAGCCACCCAGAGCGAAUCACGCUACUGCGUGGCAACCAUGAGAGCCGGCAGAUCACGCAGGUUUACGGCUUCUAUGCGGAGUGUGUUCGCAAGUAUGGUGAUGCCUCUGCCGGAAUCUCAGACGUCCAAGUGGAGUUGAGCCGUGAUUCUCUCACGUUGAUCAACUGUUCGGUUCAAUUGCUCGCUUCACCCAUCCUCAACCUGAUACUCACACCCACUGCCAGCAUCUCCGAAGCUCAACUGGAGGCGUCGUUCAAGACGAUCUGGGGCUUGCUCGGGGGUAG